AGUGCGCUGCAUUAUGGGGAAUACGGUGUCAUGCUGCGUGUCUCCCAGCGGAAGUCCGAAACUGCCGCGGGCAUCGGAGCGCCUUGAGGACUGUCAGAUAAGCGCCGACCUCAGUGAAGACACCGGGCCGUACCUGCAGCACAUCAGCGACCGGGAGCUGCCCGAUGAUCUUGCUCACGAGUCCAAUCCUUCAGACCAUGCUCGUGCUAGCACCAUCUUCCUGAGCAAGUCCCAAACAGACGUCCGGGACAAGAGGAAAAGCAAUCAUAUAAACCAUGUAUCUCCAGGUCCCCUCUCCAAAAAAUACAGCUCAUGCUCGACAAUAUUCAUCGAUGACAGUACGGUCAGCCAGCCCAACCUGAAAAGCACAAUAAAAUGUGUUACUCUAGCAAUAUAUUAUCAUAUUAAAAACAGGGACUCUGACAGAUCGCUGGACAUAUUUGAUGAGAAGAAACAUCCUCUGUCUAGGGAGCAAGUUCCCGAUGACUACUCGCGCACAGACCCCGAGCACAAGCUCAUCUACCGGUUCGUCAGGACGCUGUUCAGCGCCGCUCAGCUCACCGCCGAGUGCGCCAUCGUCACUCUGGUGUAUUUGGAGCGACUGCUGACAUACGCCGAGAUGGACAUCUGCCCGUGUAACUGGAAGAGAAUCGUCCUGGGCGCCAUCUUACUGGCCUCCAAAGUCUGGGAUGAUCAGGCUGUGUGGAAUGUAGACUACUGCCAGAUCCUCAAAGACAUCACUGUUGAAGACAUGAACGAGAUGGAGAGACACUUCCUGGAGCUCCUGCAGUUCAACAUCAACGUCCCGGCUAGCGUCUACGCCAAGUAUUAUUUUGAUCUGCGUUCGCUGGCAGACGACAACAACUUGAGUUUUCCUCUGGAGCCUCUGAGCAAAGAGCGUGCGCAGAAACUCGAGGCCAUCUCCAGACUGUGUGAGGAUAAGUACAAAGAUCUGAGCAGAACCGCCAUGAGGAGAUCCUUCAGUGCUGACAACCUGGUGGGCAUCCGCAGAUCCAACGCCGUGCUCUCCUAGAUCACGCUCAUGAUCAUAACCCGCUUCGGACUCUUUUCUCCUGUCCUCCGGUAGAGAUCUCUCUCAUCGGUCCCCCUGCAACAACCAAUGACCUGUCUACAUGGAAACAAAUUGACUUUUAUUUUUUAUUUUUUUUGCUUUUUGCUUACUAUGUAGGCUACUAGCUGUGAAAUCUGUCAGUUUUUAAUUGAAAUCGAUUGCAUAUGGAGUAUUUUAAAUAAACACUAAUACCACACGUGUAAAA